AUGCAGCCCGUCAGGCCACCACUCUUUCAGAGGCCGUAUCUCAGCGCGGCGGUCUCUGGCGUGGAGCCGUUUGCGUGGGGCGAGCUGACGCUGUCCGAGCUCUCGGAGCUGUACCGCGUGCACCAGCGGGCGGGGGCCGCUGCGCCGCAGUGGCGUGCCCCCGCGGGAAUCGUGGCUGGCAGCCCCGUGGCGUCCACAGACUGCAAGACCACAAAUUGCGACCGGCCGGGAGAACGGCCGAGCGACGACAUGCCGCUCACGCUCGCCCUCUUCGCCCACGACUUCAAUCUCCUCUUUUGGAGGCAGCUGCUGCGACUGCACUGGGUGGUUGACUCGUACGAUGCGCCCACCUCCGUCGCCCCCGACCCCGACGGCGGGUGGCGUGUCGUCGGCUUCUUCACGGCGGCGACGUUCCGCGACCUCGUGCUCGCUGCCGUUGACCCGCGCUGCGUCUUGCAGCCGCUGCGCGACACAACCGCGCGCUUGCGGGACCGCGCGCCGCCGCCGUCCUCCCCGCUCGACAGCACCCCCGCCGUACUCGCGGCAGCCGUCGUCGGUUUCGCUUGCUCUCUGUGCGGCGUCCUCAUGGGCACGUACGGCUUUAGAGUAGUGAAACUGAAACAUGAGGAGGUUGUGCUCUUUAAUCUUGGAGCAGAGCACACCUUGGUGCGCCGGAGGCCGGGGCGGGAGUCACCCAGAGAGUCACCAGUCCCCAGUCGCCAGUGGCCAGUCGAGUGCGAUCCGUUUAAACGGUAA